GAUCUUCCCGUUUCACAACGUCCCACGUAUCGCAUCAUAUUUUGGCGAAAAUCGAAGAAAAAUCCGUUGCGAGGUAGUGCUGUUUUGUUUACUGCUCACCACUGGGGAGGUGUACUGUUAAAUUUAUAUCUGGAUUUAGAUAUACCACCCCGAGGUAAGUAACACCUGUCCAAGAAUGUCUAAACAUUCAACCCAUAGACAUCAGCUGCACUAUAUAUAUCUAGAACGUUUAUACAUAAUUAUACUCUGGCGAUAUAUAUAUAUAUAUUGGUGGUAAGUUUGAUUAUUCGUUAUAUAUAUUUCUAAAAAUAUAUAGAAUAUAUAAUUCCAGCACGUGUAGAAUAUACAUGACAAAGAGAACGUCUUUCAUCGACGAGACAAGUUUACCAACGCAGGAGUCUUUGUUAAAAUAGUUAUAUAAUAUACAUAUAUAUAGUUAAAGAUAGACAUAAAGAAGUUCGUAAUUCUUGUUAUGCGAAAGCAAUUUUGUUUCAAAUUUUUCAAAGCGUUUACAGUAAAUACCAGGCAAUAAUCUGGGUAUAUAGGUGUGUAUCUGUAUAAGCAUUAUAUACUGCAUUGGAAACAUAUAUAUAGAAUAUAUAGCAUGACCAACUUCAAGGGCCGGUUGUUUAUAGCUUUCACGGGCUAGCGCUAAUCCUGGUUUAAAAUUUAACCUGCAUCAUGCCUGUUUGUAGCAAAACUUUAGAAAAUAAAACUUCUACUGAUUCUAAAAAAAAUUGUGGAAAAAUAGUUCCAAGUUUAUUAUUGCAUUGACGUUUUUCGUUAAACCAGGAUUAAGAUAACCAGCUUUUGAACAAGCAUGCAGCCGCAUAAAUGCAUGUUAACCCUGACUUAAUAUAUAGUCAUAAAGCAAAUCAACCUAAACCCGUCUACUUCAUUUGCCAUCUAAUACAUGACCUCUUCAUACUUAUAUAUAUGGAAUGAAUUAUUAUUGUCACCAUGCAUGAUAACUAUAUAUUUUGAAUCUGCUAAACUGAUCGUGCUUAAUUCAGUUUAACCUUAGUCAUGAAGUAUGUAAAUACGAGUCAUGAAGAUAUAAGCAAUAAUUAUACUGACACUGUUGCAUCUUCGAUGCCGUGCGUCGGUUAACGUUGUGCUGUCAUAUUCCGUGGUAUAUACCAUCGUCAAACUUGGCAGACAUCGUCGCCCAAUAUUGAAAACAUAGACAUAAACACUUACGACUUACGUAUAUAAUUCCUGAUUAGUAUUGGAUCAACCAUGCAGUGAACACGCUAAACGUGCUAUAAUAUUAACUUAUCGCUCUGCAUAAUUCUGGAUAUAAGAAUCAAUUUUUAUUAAUUUAUAGUCUAUUAUACUAAGUUUUAUCAGAACUCCUUAAAAUUUUAGUCCGUCUAUGUUUCAUACUAAAUAUCACAUAAGCCCAGGACAACGUUUGACAAUGACUAGAUUAUAUAUUCUUUUAGUUUGUACUGCACUACAACAUAAAAAUGACCAAUAUUGCAAAGUCAUGACAGCAGGAAUCAGUCUCUUAUGGUAUUAAACUGAUAUAGACUACAAGUCUACAAGCUAUAAAUAUAUACAUGCAAGUUUAGUAUUUGGAACUGCACGAUACUGAAAUAAUGGUUGAACAAAGAUCAAGCCUGACGGUGAUGACGCACUACAAUUUCUCUAAAAUGCACGCGGGGUAUUUCUAUUUUCUAUAUGCCAUGUAUUGGUUGCUUUUAAUACUAGAUUAGUUCUUCCAGACGCGUUUACCAUUCUAUAGCCUAUAUUUAUAUUGCACCAUUUAUCCCAACUGUGCAUGAUGUGAUUAUAUUGCAUUAUUUUUACAUCUUAACCACGUUAACCUUGAAAUUACAACAAAUACGUAAAAUAAUACCCCAAAUUGAUAAAUCGUGUACAAAUCUUUUACCCUAAAUGAGGAAAUAACUUUUGCCACUUACAUGUUCGACGUCCCAUGUCCAUGCAGUGCCAGUAGGUUCUAGCAAAGCCUUUGGUUGCAUGUGCUACACCCGCUAUUUAUUCCCGAUAUUCUUACUGAAAAAGGUUCGGUUGCUGGAUGAUAUCGAUAAAAUUGUUCAUACUGUAGGUACUGUACAAGUUCAAUCUUAUAUGAAAGUAAUGGGGAUUGGGACGUAGAAUAAAGAGUUCUUAUUAGGCAUAAAGUUGGCGUUUGUAGUGACUGUAUUUUCAACCUACAGCCCAUGCUGGAGCAUGAUGGUUGAAAAAACUCAUUAGAUGCAAUAUUUGUACAUAAUUAUGUACUUCGUAAUGCAUAGUUUAGAAAUCAAAUUACUGUUUAUGGUAGUUGGGUGGAGGUAGAGUGAGAAGGCUCACGUUCUUGCUAAACAAGAAGGUGCUCUGUUACAGACUAAUAUAUAUAUAUAUAUAUAUAUAUAUAUAUAUAUAUAUAUAUAUAUAUAUAUAUAUAUAUAUAUAUAUAAUAUAUAUAUAUAAUUAUUUAGUCAAUAUAGGCUUUGUAGUGAUUUGAGUUGAAAAGGUUUGUCAACUGAAAACACGAUCAUGCAUGUGAAAAUUUCAUGAACGCAUGCAGUUUUUGAGCAGACUACCAGGCUCAACUAAGUUAGUGCCACAGGACCAAAGCUGAUACACAUGCAAUGUAAUAAUAUAAUUAAAUAUAUUUUGAUUAUAACCAUUUUAAGCGAAUAUCUACGUACAUCAUACUUUCACUCUUUAUAGAAUCUGAUUCAAACUUGACAGUUGAUUUGGACCCACUAAACCGAUUUUUCUAAACCCUUGGGAAUGAGAGUUGAUGAGAAAUGAUAAGCGAGAGCUUGAAUUUCUCAACUCUCAUGUCCUGCAUGUUCAAGUAGAUUCAAGUUAUCAUUCAGCUAUUUGGUAUUGCCGAUCAAAGUACGAACAAAAACUGUCAACAACUCUCAGUAUCAAAAUUUGAACUAGCUCGUAUAGUCAAUGAGAGUUAGUGAGCAUAUAUAGAUGAGUGCGAUAAUUGCAGCUCUCAGCAACUCGCGUUAUCUCUCAUCUUGCAGCUAUAUAUUUUUAUGUCUAUUUUUAUGCCAAUUAUUUGGCAACAGGUAUAGUCAUCAGUAUACACGCUGUGUGCAUGGUCAGUGUAUAAUACUGCCCUUUUCUAGUUUUCUAUGGAAUACUAUCGGCGAAUCAUGUUUGUACUCGGUAAACCGCAAAUAAGUAUACACCUUUAUACAUUCGCUGAGUGCAGCCAAUUUAUCCGUAACUCCAUCCAACGUAUUGCGAUGUAACAAUAGUGGCUUAAGCAAGCGACGUGUUUGUCAACACGCGGAUGUCACCCGUAAAUUGGUAUAACUAAUUUUGACGGCAUUUUGCAUCAUGUUGAACAUUACCACAAACUAACACAAACACAAUCUAUAGUCCAGUCUCCCUCGGCAACUGACGUCCGUGUUGACAAAGCGUCGCUUGCCUGAACUCACUAAUGUACGAUAACAGUUAUGAUAUUGCAGGUAAAGGCGUUGUGCAUGCUGUAGAGUAUAUAUGAACAAGCUUUUGUUGGUAGGAAUGCAACUAUACUUAUAAGGAGAAUUUCAAAGAUUGAUGUUAAGAUAUUAUAAUAUAAGAAAUUACAUUUUGUAUUGCUUUUAUUUUCAGAACGAAUUUGAAAGGAUAAGAUCAUUUGUUAAGGAUGAAGUUAAUUUUCAUUUUGGUAAGUGCAUGGAUACUUCAAAGUGACUUAAGCCUGGAUUGAACGAAGAUGCAUGAGAUUUGGCAGUCACGCGAACUUGAUCAUGCAGCUGCUCUUAAUGCUUUUCUAAUACUAUCAUUCUAUUAUUCUAAGCUAAAACAUAGUUGGAACACCCAUUAAUACAGAGCUUGAAAUGUCGCCAUAACAAAUGUGUGACUGCCAGCUCUCAUCAUCGUUUGAUGAUUGGGGCUUUAGGGCCCGCUUGCAAAAUCUUUUUGGAAAGGGUCACCGAAAUUUUGGAACAAUACAGUUUAAUCAGUGUUGAUAUGAAUAUACAUGAAUAACUGCAGGAAAGAUUAACAACACUGAUAUAUAAUGUGAAUUGCAUCUUUGUAACAGAACUACUGUAUAGGUUGAUUUCCGACUCGGCCUCAUAUAUCCGAGCAUACAUGUCAUUAAUACGUUGCAUGCAUCGAAUCAAAAUCACACAUCCUUCCAGAAAACACUGUCUCGUUUCGUGCAAGUACUGUAAGACCAAUGGUCUUACACCGUGGCUUUAGAUCUUGGCUUGUUAUUGGAGACCUUGAUACGGUAUAUUAACGUCAUCAUGCAGUUACAAGAUAAAAUGCUCUAUAAUGUCAGGAUAUAUUUUCAGCCGGAAGGCGCGGAUGUAUUGUCAACUAAUUAAUUUUCUGAUGAAUUCGUUGAUCAUGAUCUUAAAUAUUAACUAUGACUAUAUCCAUUGUUUUAUCCAAUGAUAAUCCAUGCAGUCGAGAGCUUAACCAAACCUAUAUCCGUUACGUGUUUUCUUGUAUAUUACAGCUAAACACGUCUGGUUCAUUGUACACUGUUUUUCUUUCCAUACAGAUCAUUUUGGCGACCCUGGGAGAUGGCGGGCAGAGUUGCGGCGAGAAAGAAUACAGGCACGAGGGCAUUUGUUGCGAAAAAUGCCGGCCAGGGCAAUAUGUGAAAAUAAAUUGCUCUGCAACGAACCCCACAACUUGCGAGUCAUGCAAGGUAUACUACACAUCAAUGCAUUCUCAGUUAAGAAGAAGUUACAGUAAGAGUCACUGACAUGUGCCAUGUCACUGCAAGAUUUAAAAUAUGCCUAUCAAAAUAUUCAAUGUUCAAUCAACCAAGCAUGCCUUAAUUUAUCUUUCGUGCAUGUGUGGAAAAAUUAAGCGGCAAAUAAGGCAAAUGUACAAAAAAUGCUUUAACAUAUGAAUCGAUCCUGUUUUCGGAGGAAUAAUUUCCUCAUUGCCCAUUCUAAAAUUCCGACACGAUGUCUACUUGUACAACUCCAACGGGCAGCGUAGAUUAAGACAUUUGGGGUGAUACGGCAACCCACCUCGUGACGUUAUUGAGGUCGAUUGACCUGCAAAACGAGUGCCGCCUGCCGAGUAAAGGCCCUAGGUCUAGGCUGCCGAACGAGAUGAUUACUGAACAUCGACAAAGUUGUGGGCGGUAUAUAUUUAUCCACAAUGCUUUGCGUUCGUACAAAAUGAAAGAAAGUAUUUGACAAGCAGAAACGGCUUCAGUAUAAAUGAUACAAAUCGGUUGCAGGGUUAUAGGCUUUGCUUUUUGCGUUAGGUUUAAGAUUAGGUUGAAAGUAAAUAAAUAAAAACAAAAGCAAUAGGAUGGGGAUGGCCUGUAUUCGGCAGAAAUAGUCAGGAGUGAAUAUAGUCUGAAACGAGAGAGCUUACGCCUGGAGAAUGGCAAUGUAAGUACGACGGCUAUCAACACAAUGACAUUCAUCAUAUAUCACAAAAGAAAUCAAUAAAGAAAUUAAUAUUGAACAAUUGAAUUAAAACGUCGUCCAUGAGGCUCUGUUGAUAACGGCAAAAAAAUACAUACUAGUUAUUUCAUUAAAGAGUCAUUGUCAACCACAAUGCAUUUGUUUACAUCUUAUCCUUCGGAAGUGACAAAUAGCAACACAUGACGAUUAUAAACAUUUCUUUGGUGAAAUUUUAGUAUAAAAAAAGUUAAAAUGAGCAAGUAUAACCAUAGGAUGGUCGUAAUAUAUUAUGGAUUGAAAACCGUAACAUCUAUUAUUCCUCCAUUAAAAUGGCCGCCAAGCAGGUUUGGGCGCACAGUGCAUUGUCGUUGACAGUGACUCGUUAACAGAACUGCAUGGAUAUAAUUAAAUACCGAUAACAUAGUCUAUAAUUUCUAUAUCUAUAAUGUUUAAUUUCAAUGGUUAUUAUGUAAUGUAUUUGUAAUUUUAUAGUUUGGUUCGGUUAUGACCACAUAUAAUCACAAGUCCCACUGUGACAGCUGUCAAUAUGUACAAUAUUACGAUAUUAAUCUGUCGUAUUGUAUGAACUGCAGAACAUGUCCCAAAGGUGAAUAUCCUGUGGAGAAAUGCUCAACAUUUCUUAACACGAAAUGCGAGGAAUGCCCGGAGGUAAGUAGUUGAAAUACUUAUUUGACUGCAUUUGAAGGCAUUUGUAAUUACUGAUAUGUAGUAACCUUAAUUAUUUUUGAAAGUAAAUGACGAAAGCGACUUUUAAGUUGAGCCCUGUCCUUCAUUAGGGACCGGUCAUUAAUUACAGGGGGGGCUGGUGGAAAAAGAGGGGGGUCAGAUAUUUUUGUGCAUGACUAAAAAGGGGUGGCCAAAAUUUUUUUUGCAAUAUAAAUAUCUGCCCCGCAUGACCCCUACAGACUAUAAAACCUACAGAUAAAAAAUAGAGAGCAGUAGAACAUUAUUACUGUAGUAAACUCCAACACAACACCAUUUAUUAAACUGAUUUCAACUUAUAAAAACAUGUCUCGUCUGAAGUUUUAAGUAUUUUAAAUUCAUUAGCUACAUGUAAAGCCACCGGAUUGGAUGGUAUAUCGACCAAAAUCCUCAAAAUGUCAGGCCCAAUAAUUUCACCUUGGUUAACUGUUAUUUUCAACCAGUCUUUUAAAACUGGUAUUUUUCCAAGUGAAUGGAAGUUAGCGAAAGUUUUUCCAUUAUUUAAAAAUAAGAAAGGAAAUAAAAGAGACAACGCUGAACACUACCGCGCGAUUCCAAUUUUACCGAUUGUGGCAAAAAUAUCGGAAAGAAUCGUGUAUAAUCAAUUAUACAACUAUCUUACCAAACACAAUAUUCUGUCGAAAAAUCAGUCAGGAUUUCGAACAAAACAUUCUAUCUUUACUAGUCUUUUACAUGCAACCAAUGAAUUUUACACCAAUGCUGAUAACGGAUUGAAUACUGGAGUCAUAUUUAUUGACCUAAAAAAAGCUUUCGACUCAGUAAAUCAUGAAAUAUUAUUACGAAAGCUUGACCUGUAUGGACUUAAAGGGGAAACUCUGCACUGGUUCAAAAGCUAUCUUAGCGAUAGGCACCAAAAAUCUUUUGUAAAUAUGAAAUUGUCAAAUGAAGCUAUUAUUAAAUGCGGUGUUCCACAAGGAUCAAUUUUAGGUCCAUUGCUAUUUCUAACAUUUAUCAAUGAAUUUCCAAAGCUGACCUUUAUGCCGAUGAUAUUCAAGUGUAUACUGCAUCGCAGAAUAUAUCUGAACUUGAAAUUAAGCUAAAUAAAGAUCUAGCUGAAAUUGAAGUAUGGCUUUGUGCUAACAGAUUACAAGUCAACAUCACUAAAACCGAAUACAUGUUAAUCGGAACUGACUACAGACUAAGUAAUUUGGACCAUGAACCAGUCCUAAUACUCAAUCAUAACAUUCUCAAGCGAGUUUCAAAAUAAAAAAUAUUAGGAUUAAUCUACGUAUACGAUGAGCAUCUUCGUUGGAACGAUCACGUCAAUGAAUUAAUCGAAAAAAUUACUCAAGCUUUAAAAAUGAUACGACGUGUUAGCUCUUUCAUGUCCAGACAAAAUCUGUUACUAAUUUACCAUAUCUGAUCUAAAUCUUUUACCUCCAAAACCACUAUAAUUGUGUUAGCCUCAAGGGGGGGGGGAGGGGGGGGGCAACAAAAUUUUAGCAUCCAAUUUUUCAUUUCCACCCCCACCCGCCCUGUAAUUAAUGACCGGUCCCUUAUUCAGCCACGCAUGCUAGCUCUUAGCCCGCAGAUAAUAUCUCCACUUACUUACUAACGUACAUUUUUGUACAGAAAAAUUUACGAACCCAAUUAGAAGGCUAGCUUAAUACUAGUUAAAUCUAACGCACAAUGUUGAUUGUCUAACUUUGGAAAAUACUAUAAGAUCUUAUUUUAUAUUAUAAUUUUAAUAGUUUUGCUUGUGAAAGUUUUAAAAAUAAACUUCAAACAAAUAAUUUCAAUCGACUUUCAACAAAUAGUAAUAAUAUAUAUUUUUUCAGAACCAGUUCUCAAAUGUAACUGCGAACUACAACUUGACAUGUAAGGCAUGCAAGAAAUGCAGGCAAUACAAAAGAAACUGCACACCGGAGCAGGACGCCAUAUGCAGCGAUCUUCAGCCUACGCUGCGUACGACUACGAAGCCGACUGUAAACAUGGUGGAAAAAACAUCCAUCGUUGACAAGCUCGACACUACAGGUAAAUUAAUGGUUCAUAACUAUAUAGGGACUUGAUUUUAAAAGUUAUAUAUUCGUACUUCUUUAUCCUAACUUGUUAAUAAGCAUGGUAAAGGCACUUAUUUCAAGGUACGUUGGAGGUCAUAUAGGGGAGCCCAGAGGUACUCUCCCUCGGAUAUUUUGCAAUCUGACGUCCAAGGAAUGAAAAAAUCGUGCAUUUCUGGAAGGCAGAUUUCCCCUUUCGCCACUCUCCCAAGUCCCCUACCCACCCCGCUUCCUGGCGCCCCUGUUUACAAAUAUGAGAAAAGUUGUUCAAAUACUGUAACUGGCUGCAGCUCCUGCAUGGAUUUUCCAUCAUAGGCACCUUUUUACCUGACGGUUUUUACCACAAAGUUACACUAUAGUAUAUAUUCAUUAGUAUAGCAACAGAAUCCCUUGGUAGCUAGAAAGCACGCAUAGCUAUUUUAUAGGAUUUACUCAUUUACAUUGCCAUGGAAAUCGUAAAAUAAGAUUGACGAAAAAUCGAAUAACCGUUGUAAUUUCAAAACAUCAUGCCUUUUUACCCAAAAGAGAACGAAAGGUUUAAUUUCAAUUCAUUGUUUAUAAUUAAUCUCUUUUCCACCAUAGAAAAGACAAGCCCUCUCAUAAAGGAGAAUUCCUCCAAGCAGAACAACACAUACUUGAUUCUGGCUGUCGUUUUGUCUAUUGUUUUCGUCUUGACAAUAAUAUUAAUUUACUGGUGUGCCAGGCGAAAGGCACGGUGCCAGGGUGGCGACGGAUUCAACAUUGUUCCUCGCAGUUUAAAAUAUGAACCAUUACGGACAGGUAAAAUCAUCAACUAUAGUUACGAUACAUAUAUUUCGGGCGUUAACUGGAAUAAUUGGGACGCAAUUGUGAUGCAUUUUACAAAUUGAUAUUAUUUAUUAUUCAUUGCGUGUUUUGCAUGGCAUUCAAUCGUUUUUAUUCUUCUCCACCAUAAAUCAACAAUUCAUCAUUCAGGAAUUUUUAGACUGAAAUAUUCAUGAUUAAUAAUUUGCUUUACCAGUGAACUAAGUAAUCGAUGAGUAUUUCGUUUCCACUCCCGAUAAGAACGAAUUUGAUAACAAUCACUUGUGGUUUAUGUAAUGGUCACUUAGUUUAUUAAUGAAUAGAUCAAUUUAUUCAUUGCAAUUACUGUAUGUAUUAGUUGUGCUCUAAUAAAGUGGAUUAAUCAGUAGUUAAUCUUGGAAAUAUAAGGGAAGCUGGAAUGAUGGAAACAUGGAAGAUAUUAGGAUAAUUUUCGUCUCUUCCGGCUUCGUGAAAAAGGUAUUACUUCAUCCCCGUUUCUAUUUAAAUUUGGCCGACACUAGUAAAAGAAACUGUUGCUCGAAUGUUACAACUUCCACUAUGUCCACACUGUCUGUUUUCAGUCACAUUUAAUGUUCAUUUGGGCCUUAGGACAAUGCAAUUUGACAACAAUAGUAUUUCUAAAUAUCAGUUAAAAUAAAGUGUACGGCAACUGAACUGUUCAAUAUCUUGCUUGACACAGCUUCUAAAUCCAAAACAUUUACAUGUUAUGCAAAUACAGUAUGUUUUCAAAAUCCGCCAUAUUCAUUUACAUUAGAACCCAAGCUUCCGCGGUUCACACGAAAUAUAACCUCGGUGAUUUUCACCAAUAAUAAUAAGGUAGGAUCAUCCAAUUGUUUCAUCGUUCAAAACGAAAGGAAACCAUGCUUCCAUAUAUGGGACAAACGUGUCCCCAAUUUUCUUAUAUGGCACAAACGUGUCCCAGAAUAUUUUAUCGAGGCUGUUAUAUGAUCUCAUAAGAUUCCUCACGCUAGGAACUAUUUGAACAAGUCACGUGGUACAGAACCCAGACUGCCGAUUGGGUUAGCGAGUGACAACGCCUACUUUGAUCCUAAAUAUUUCGUGUGAACUGCGAAAGCUUGGGUUCUAUGUAAAUAAAUAUGGCGGAUUUUGAAAAUAUACAGUAUUUGCAUGUUUUAUGAAUUUAAAAAUGUUUUAUGAAUUUAGAACAGUUCAGGUGCCGUACACUUUAUUUUAAAGGUGAUCUACAGUCCGUAUGUAAACAAAGCCUUUGUUUACAUUUUUGCGUCCAAAAUAUUGAGCUUUAUUCGACAACUAUUUAUAUUUUCAAGCUUCUAGAGUAUAAUAAAUGAUCAAGAAACAACAAUCAGGCUUUGCAAGAACCCAAAACAUAGUUAAACUGUUUGUAUCAUAAAAAGUGGGCUCUUUUGUGCACAUGCGCAGAUCGGACUGUAGAUCACCUUUAACUGCUAUUUAGAUAUAAUACUAUUGUUGACAAAUUGCAUUGGUUCUAAAGCCCGUGAUCCGUUAAUUAAUUAGCUGGAUCGAUAUCGGCGUCGUUUGUGAAUUUCCUUGAGAGUCUGAUAAAUAGAUGUGUCCCUACAUAUAGGAUGCCCGGUAAUUAGAUUCGACUGUACAAUAUUUUGUACUAUUAAAUUGUUGCCGUUACUGUAACCGCUCUACUGUUCGCUGUGCUUUGGUAACUAUAAUUGUAAGUGAUGCGUAAUUGCAUGUUGGAAGCAACAUAAUAACGAACGUCAGAGUUAACACAGACAAUUAAUUUUUUAGGCCUCCUCCUACGGAACCAGCCAGCGUCCUUUCUCCUGAAACUAGCCGAGUAUAUCAAUCCAGAUAGUCGGCCGAACUGGAAAGACUUGGCAGCGAAGUUUGAAGACUUUUCUUGGAGUGAAAUAGAAAAUUUUGCGGUCGACAGAAACGCAGCGGCCGAGAGGAUGCUGUGUGCGUGGCAGACUAAAAACACUGCCACACUAGAUAAAUUGCACCGAUGCCUCACAAACAUCGGAAGAGAAGAUGUUGCCACUUAUGUUGCUGAAUUCGUUGGGGUGACUGGUACAGACACCCCAGUAUAAAUUAUUUGGUUAAGGUCAGUAUAUAUAUAGAGAUAUUUAUAGAGGUUCAGAUUUGACUUCCACUACCGCUACCAUUGCCUGGCUUAGUACGCAUGCAUCUGAUUGGUUAAUCGAAUAUAUCAAACGCAUCUGAUUGAUUGAUGGUCUCUUAUUGGUAGCGGUAGUGCAAGCCAAAAAUUGAGCCUCUAUAUUAACAUAGUAUAUUAACAACAACUUGCAACUCUAUUACAAUCAUGGCCAUGAAGGUGUUUCUAAAGUGUUCUAUACCAAUUCGUUUGCUCACAGGAACCAAUUCCUUUCAGACGUUUGACAAAUUAUCUGCAACUCUGUGUAUUUCUAGUAACUUCUUUAGGACUGGUCAAAACAAAAAAAACCCCGGUUAUUUGGUGCAUUCAACAGGGAUGCAUGUUUCUCAAUCAUACAGGAAGUUAUCAAAUCCAAUAACUCCUGCAGCAAAUGAAUUGGUUCCUGUGAGCAAACGAAUUGGUAUAGAAUACUUUAGGAACAUUUCCAAUUGUUGCAAGUUUUUGUUGAAGUUGCUGACACCAUAAAAGAAAAGCUAACAGAAGUAUAAAUAGUCAAAAUUAAUUGACUUAUUUGGGGGAUAUCGCUUAUUCGUAAAAUUACCGCCAACAAGGAAAUGAGGUUUGUUAAUGCUUUUUGUCAAUCUGAACACAUCGGGAGAAAAGAUUUCCAAAGAAAGCGAAAGUCGACCGCGUGCCAUUUUGCACUCACCAAAUAUAUAUCUUGAAAUGUCCUAAUCCAUUUUAUAGAAAUUAUAUUUCCAACUAAAUGAAUAGAACAUUUCUACAAAGAACACUUGCCUUUGGUAAAUACCAUAAUGCUUUGGGCAAUUGAGAUUUAUUCCAUUGUCGUCAGUUUCUAGUUUCGAUUAUUUAUCCUUCUUUUAGUUAUAUGCAUGCAUAUUAACUUUUUAAAAAUCUCAGUGAGAUAAUUUAUUAUGUAGUCCGUAUAUCUCUACAUGAAGAUAUUGAUAUUUAAGCUGUUUUGACCUUUUCUAUACUUUACAAGUAUUACAGUUGUCAGUAUAUAGUUAGACUGCGAGCAGUCCCUUUUUAGAAGGAAAGGAGGGACUGCAGACAACACAUCAAGAAACGAAAUACGCGUUGUCUACAAAACGCAAAAUUCCGAUUGGUUGAUAUAGUUGAUUGACAGAUCUUUUUGGAAAAACGUAACUUAAAUGUAUUGUUUUACAAAUUUGAAAGUCAACCGUCAAAGUAUGAAAUAUUAAUUACUGUAAAUUUCGUAGCAUUUUUCUUCAUACUGUCUGAACGCGUUUAUAGUAUGUUAUUUCGAGCGAAUACAAUUUAAUGUAAUACUGUGUAUUUUUGCUUGUACAUUAUAUAGUAAUACUAUAUAUUUUGCAAUAUCGAUAUGCGCUAUAAAUACUUAUAUUGGAGCUAAGGGGCGGUGCGAAAAGUGGGCGUGUUGUCUGCAGUCCCUCCUUUCCUUCUAAGGAGGGACUGCUCGCAGUCUAGUAGAUAGUUGUUUAUUUAGAAUUUUGGUUGGUUUAUGUAACUAAAGGUAUGAACCUUUAGUGAAGUUAAAAAAAUACUGGCACAGUGUACAGGUGCAGCUGCUAUACAUACGUUUAUACUAUUUGUGUAGUUGAAACCACAUCGUUCGAGACGUAUUGAAAUCAAAAACGUGUUUAGCGAAAUAUUCAUAAUUUAUUUUGGAGUAAUGGUCUGUAAAACCAUUUACAAUAGUCUCAUUUGAACAAAAAUCAAAACUGUGAAGUAAUUUUUACUGAUCUCAUUUUGUAUCUUUUCGGUGAGAUGAUUAUGUUUCACUGCUGGUAGGCAGUACUAUAACGUCAUGCAUUGCAUGGAUGGAAGUUGAUUAAUUAACGUUUGUUGCACUUCCGAAUUGGACCACAUAAAAUAUUUGUUUAGUACCAUGCAAUACGAGUAAAACGUUGUCUUCAGAGUUUUUACACUUAAAUAAGAAAUGUUGUUUGGAAAAUAGAAAUUAAAAAAAAAGCAGGACAACUAAUCUAUUUUAUGUGGCCUAGCAAUAAACAACAACCUGUAAAUGAAAUUACUUUACAUUUUUGACGGGUCAGUCAAAUGAGAUUUAUAAAGUUUUCACUUCAUGUCAUUAACCAACGCUUGGUUAUAUUUGUUAAUUUUAGCUCAUAUUUUUGAGCUCAUACCCUAAUUGCGAUAGCUUUGUACUUUUAUACAUUGAUUGCAAAUCGAAAAAAAUUCAGGUACAUUUAGCACUUGUAUUUUAUUUGGAAUUUAGGUAUCUUUUCUCGUUUUUAUUCGUAAUUUCGCAUUUUAUACACAUAUAGUAGUUUUUCUACAAAUCUCAGUCGAGUAUUUUUCUACUUUGAAAUGUACGUUUUCGAUAUAAGAAUUAGUUUUCAUAUUUUAUACACUGCUAUAACUUUCGUAUUCACAUCGAAAACAAUGUCCUUUAUAACAGAAUAUUUUAUAGUUUUUCGAAUACUUUUUUCUUAUUACGUCAAGCUAUCUAUACAUUUAGUAAUUUGUUUGUCAACAUCUUUUAUGUAGUACGUAAUAUUUACCGUAGGUCACAGGGUUACAGUUAUUCAACAGUAUUUAAAAGUAUUAGGCCAGCAGUUUCGUUAGUAUGAGAAAAAUACAUUUAUUCUCACUAGUUUCCUGUAGUAAAAUGAAAAACCAGCUGGUAUUAGUCUUUGGAGAUAUCGAAGACUCGUAAUUAUCCAUGUCAUGUGAAUAGAUAUUCUAUCAUUUGCACGGUCCAAAUAUUUCUCAUGAAUAUUACGAGCAACAAGAGUAUAUGUUGGAUUGAUAUCGUAUUUCCUCAUAUCAGAAUCUAGAAGCGGCCAUUUUCUGUGCGACACUUUAGUGAAAACAGUGCUGCUAUUCCAUUUUCUUCGUAAUCAAAGUUCAAUGUUUACAAACAAUGUACAACAAAAUGUAUACUGUUCUGCAUGCGAACUUUCAAUCAAUGAUUGACGACGUACUUUCCCGCAACAUCGUUUCAAUUUAUGCUCUUGUUGGUUGUGAUUUAAAGAUUCACGUGAUUUAAAUGACACUGCAAAUAUAUGCAAUGGGAGAAAUAUAUGGAAUUGCUUUACUCACAUUGACUUUGUAGAGAAUUAGGAUCAGUAAUUGUCAAUGCUAUGAAUUACCUGAUAAGUCAGGUAUAUAUAUAGUUCGUAUAAAAAUAACAUAAGCUGAUGUACAAGUUUCUCUAAAAUAUUGAGAUAUGAAAUGUAAGCCAUACUACUUGUGGCACGAGCACCCUUACCAGUUUGUGCUCAACAACAUAUAAACAUUAGAAUGGUAUACGAGAUUAAAUGCCAAUUAUCACGAUUUAAAGCGCAAAUCAGGACUACAUUACUAUCAUGACACAGAAUAGAUUUGAAGUAAACUAAACAAUAUAAACAACUGAUUUAACUUUUCCGAUUCCUGGUAAAUGUCCAAUUGCCCGUGUAUUGCGUUGUAUGCGAAAAAAGAAAAGAAAAUUGUCAUGAUGUUGUGCUUUAAACACGAGUGUGGUGAUAAAUUUAAAUCUUGUAAUAGUAAAAAUGUAAAUUAAAUUAAGAAAUAAUUCUAUUAUAUCAUAUAGUUUAUGAUUCUUAGAUUACGGUAUGUAAAGUAAUUUUGGGAUAUGAUUAUUUAUAUAAGUAAUAUGCUGUCUAUAGUUACUUCAAGUGACGUGUGGAACAGUUAAAUAUUUGGUAAAAAUUCAUAAAAAACAACUUGAAUGAAGUUGAACUUAAAUAAUAUUUUAUAUUUGUUUGUAAAUAGAUGAAUUGAUAUUUUGUUAUUGUUCGGUUGUGGUGUUAAAACAAAUAUACAUUGCACCAUAUAAAA